UGUUCACUUGAUAUGCAGUAGCACACAUGUGAAUUCCUUCCCCUUUAAAUAAUUUUAAGCAUGAAAACAAAAGAGCUUUGAUGAAACCUGCAAGACCUGUUGGUCUCAGUGCUCUCAUUUCUAUAACCAGGAUGCAGUUUAGUUUUUGAGUGUGAGAGAUUUUAGGAGUGUGAUUGACUCUGGAAUCUUUUGCUUGCAGCAAGUGACGAAACUCACGGUGUAGUUUUCAGCGUGUGGAUGAUGAUGAUUGGACUUUGUUUUCUGUGCAGUCUCACAAUUUCUGCUGUUCUGUUCUGCACUACACCAACAGGUGGCUAUGUGUAUCAGAUGAUAUAUGACUGUGAGUACGGUGACAACAUCACAGACAUGGUCUUCUUUGUUAAAAACAUAUUUAACCAGAAACUUAACAAUCUAUAUGACUCUCGGGUUGGGAGGUAUGUUGGCUUUGGAGAAUAUGGCAUGAAAAAUGCAGACCACUUUAACAGUCAGGCUUGGAAAAUGGCCUUAAGAAAAGCUCAAGUGGAGACUCUUUGCAGAUACAACGCAAGACUGUUCAGAAGGAGCACACUGGAUAGAAAAGUGCCUCCGAUUGUCAGGGUCCGUCAGACCAAGCCAGCUGACUACGGGGAACGGUCCAUGCUUGAGUGCAGCGUUGUGGGGUUUUUUCCUCAAGAAGUGAGGGUGAGCUGGCUGAGAGACGGUGUGGAGGUCACCACCGACGUGUCGUCCACAGAUGUCCUGGCCAACGGGGACUGGAGUUUCCAGCUUCACUCUUACCUGGAGCUGAUACUUAAGAGAGGGGAGAGGGUGACCUGCAGGGUGGACCACAGCAGUCUGAAGGAGAGCCUGGAGGUGGACUGGGACACCUUUUCUCUGGAUGUUAAAUAUCUGAAGAUGGCGGUGGGGAUCAGCAUGUUAUUUAUUGGCUUCGCUGUAGCUGCUGGCGGAUCAGUUUACUACUGGUGGAAACAGAGGUUUGACUUCAGUCCAGUUGGCAGACAAGGACAAACAUCUCCAUGUAUUUGCGAGUUUUAGUUUUUUUUCUUUUAACAGAGGGCAGCUGUGAUUAUAUGAAUAAUAAAAAUAAAAACCACUGAGCUCUGCUGAAGACUUGGAUAGUGUUGUAAGUAUUACAGGUGACCCCUCAGCUUUCUACAGCACAAAAACCCUCCAUCUUCAAAAACCCUUUAGCCCACAAACAAACAAACAAACAAACAAAAAAAGUCCCUCUGUCUGCUUUUCCUGACCUACAGUGGGAGGAGAUAAACAGCAUGGUGGGAAGGAGACAAGCUGUUUUACCAUGGAACUCCCCACAUAGCAGAGCUCCUCCUUCAUCAUUUUUGUCAACCAAGUAUGCCAUAAAUUGUUCACUGGGUUAUGAUCAUUUUGUAAGAUUAAAAUGUCAGACCUGCCACUUGCAAUGGUUCCCAGCUUGGAAUAAAAGAUUCUUUACAUGA